CUCAUAACCUGCGCCCGCACACACACCACUGACACACUCCGUACUGCAGCUAACUUAUGAGGAGUGCCAAGAGGAUGCAACUAAGUGGAAGGAUGGACUUCAGAAUCCUUUUGCUGGUCAUACUGUUGAAUGCUAGAGGUUGUCUGGGUGAGAGUGUCAGUGUGUCCUGCAGUCCUAAGACUAUCUGUGCCCUGCGGGAUUCAGAGGUGAAGCUGAAAUGCUCUUACUCAAACAUCAUGAUCAAAACUGCACUCUGGUUCAGCUUUAAACAGAAAACUAAAUGGAGGAAUGAGGAACAUCCAGAGGAUUUAGCUUCAGACUCAGACUACACAGGACGAGUGAACAUUGAGAGCACAAACUCCAGCUCAACUCUUACAAUCGGAGAGCUGAGAGAGAGAGACUCAGGAGAAUAUCACCUCAUGAUCAUCACAGAACAAGGAGAGAAACAUCUCAGCUCAACUGCAGUCAAUCUAACAGUUACAGACCUGCAGGUGAAGAAAAACAGGCCAAACACUCUGACCUGCAACACUUCCUGCCCUCUGACCUUUGCCCGGCAGCGUUACUUCUGGUACAAAAAUGGACAAUUUACAGGGAAAGACACAAACUACAGUGAUCCCUUUUCUUUAUCCAAUGAUGAUGAUGAUAAAGGAAGCUACUCCUGCUCUGUUUAUGGUUAUAACGACAUACUCUCCUCUCCAUUGUGUGUUUCUGGUAAGAAUUGCUGGAGUGUGAACUACACAAAUAGAAGAGUGUGUGGUUUGCAGGGUUCAUCAGUGGACUUUCACUGCACUUACACUUAUCCCAGUGGUAAAGAAUUCAGGGAUGCAUUCUGGCACUACAACUGGUCUAAGCAGGAGCAAAAAGACCUACGCAAGGAAAAGCAGUUUACUGGUCGAGUGGAGUUUAUUGAAGAUGAAGAGAGAAACUGCACUCUGAGAAUGAGAGAUUUGAAAGAGAGCGACUCUGGAGAAUAUUACUUUCGAAUUAUCACUGACUCUGAGAAAGGAAAAUUCUCUGGUAAACCUGGAAUCAUUCUGAGUGUUACAGCUCUGCAGGUGAGAGUGAUUUUCAGCACUGCAUCAGAUGACCAGACAGUAACACUGAUGUGUAGCAGCGCCUGCACUCUGCCUAACAACCCCACAUACAUCUGGUACAAGAACCGACAGCCUGUAACUAACAAACUCACCAGAGACAACAAGCUGUACCUGAAAUGCAGUGAAGAUGUAGGCAACUACUCCUGUGCAUUGAAAGGACACGAGGAGUUCCGCUCUCCUGAUCAAACAUUCAGUAAUCCAUGUCUCGGAGCUCCAGAGAGUUCGAUGUCAAAGAAUGCGACAGUGGGAGCAAUAGUGGGAGCGUCAGUCUUUCUGGUUCUAAUACUCAUCAUAGCAGCUGUAUGGCUGUGGAGGAGAAAGUCCAGGCCAGCUAAAGACCAUGGAAGCACUGGGCAAAGUAGGCAGGAUGUUCUUCACUACUCUAGCAUUCAUUUCUCACAUUCCUGCACUGAGGAGUCUGCGUCCUCCAGAUGUCCUCAAGACAACACAGAGCGUGUCCAGUACGCCGCUGUGAAAUUCAAGAGAUAAACCGCUGCCACACUGUGAGAAAAUCUGUGCCAUGACUGCAAUGCUGAGGCCAAACUGCUGGACUUCUGGAGAUCUUCAAAUUUGAAAUCCAAUCACUUUAUUAAGUACACACCUCGUAUCCACCUUGUCCAGUUUAUCAGGUCCAUGUGCACUUUGUAGUUCUACAAUUACAGAUUGUAGUUUAGGCUAAUCUUUUAGCCAUUCUUCACCCUUCUCAUCAAUGCUCAGGACCUCCACAGAACAGGUACUAUUUAGGUGGUGGGUCAUUCUCAGCACUGCAGUGAUUCUGACAAGGUGGUGGCGUGUUAGUGCAUGUUGCACUGGUACAAGUGGAUCAGACACAGCAGUGCUGCUGGUGUUUUUAAACACCACUCACUGUCCACUCUAUUAGACACUCCUACCUUGUUGGUCUAACUUGUACAUAUAAAGUUGUGAUAGUCAUCUUAACAUCCGUUCCUCAUCGGUGAUCAGUUUCUGACACAGGAUGCUGCUGGCUGGAUAUUUUUUGUAGAUGUACUGUUCUGCAGCAGUCACUUGAGUUGUUUAAGAACUCCAGCAACACCGCUGUGUUGCUACCAUGUCAGUGUGCUGAGAAUGAUCACCACCCAAAUAAUAUCUGCUCUGUGGUGGUCCUGUGGGGGUCCUAACCAUUGAAAAAUAGGGUGAAAGGUGGCUACCGGAGAUGCAGAGAAACAGAUGGACUACAGUAUGUAGAUGAAGAACUACAGAGUGCAACUAUAUAAUAAGCGGAGCUAAUCAAAUGGAUAGAUCAAGGAUACAUAGCACGACAAGUAUCAAAGUUUGUAAAUAUUCAUAUAUGAAGCAUAUGCAAACAAUGAUUCAAAAAACAGGUAAAUAGAAAGACUUUUGGAAACAAUUAUUAUAUGAAGGUUAUACAAGGUGAAUAUUUAUUAUGUUUUAAAUGCAGAUUUAAGAAAUAGCUGAUGCCAGCCUUUCAAUAUGGGUACCAUAUGGGUGCAAUUUGUAGCUAUCUAGUUUUUUACUAUACUAAGUAGACCAUAUUUCAUCAUUACAGCAGUGCUA